AGAAUAGGAGGAGCUGGAAGAGGAAGAGGAGGGGAAGUUUAGAAACAAAUAAAAGACUUACUAUCUGUUCCUUUACAGAAAAAUUUUCUAUUCCUGGAAGUAAAGAAUAGUAAGAAGCAGAGCGGCACUGUGUCAAGUGGCUGUGCACAGGUGGUGCUUUGUGAUGCCAAACACCCCAGGGCUACCAUUGGCUGGAGGAAUUUCCUGCUGACCAAUCAAAGCUAAAGGGCGUGGCUCCCCAUUGUCCCUGGAGGGUAUAUAAAGGGCUCAGGGGCCCUGGAGAGGGCCAGUGUUGCUACAACAUGGCGGAGGUUAUUGAGGCAGUGCUGGGGUCUAAUUCAGAUGCUGAAAACAAAACCGAAAUCGCAGAUGUGAGAAAAGUUCCAGAAAUCAAAGAGAGGAAGACCCCUUGUCAAUCGAAGGACAAAGAACGUGAGAAGCUGCGGAAGAUACUUGCAAAAGUUAAAUCGGCCCUUCAGGACAAUGUAGAAAAGCGUAAGAAAGGAAGGAAAUCGACCAUACUGGUCUGUUACCGCAGACACAGCAAAGUGAAGACUGAAAAUCAGCUGAAGAUGAAGACGGAAGAAGAAAGCCUGUCCCCACUCCGGGCAACACCCUAUGCCUGCCAGGGGCCAAAGAUCUCAAAGUAGCUGUUACCUCCCCAGAAAAAGCACUGGAGAGAUGGAUGCUUAGGUAGAGAUCAAAAGUUUCAUGGUGGUCACCUGUGAGGAGACCAAUGAAGUGCACGGAUAUUGAUUAAAACAACAAGUUGCAAAUGGA